ACUCAUAGCAUCAUCACGGCUCUGCUCUGCUGCACCACAGAGAGAGGCAUGCACUCUCUCUCACUCUCUAACACACACACAUAUAGACACACGUGUGCUGCAGGAGAUCUAAGUGCCAGGUCGCUGAGCAUUCACCCUCUCUCUCUCUCUCUCUCUCUCUCUCUCUCUCUCUCGCUCUCUCUCUCUCUCUCGCUCUCUCUGCCCCUCCCGAUACUGCGCACUCUCUCUCGGUUCACCUUGGCUACUUGGUGGUGUGGAGUUAUUGUUGCGUCAGAACCAGAGAGAUCCAGAGACAGCCAUGCCGGGGGAGAGCUCUCAAAGAUCUGUCCCCAAAGAAAGACAUCCGGAGCUUGGAGCAGAGCAGACAGGCCUGCCUGAACCAGACAUGACCAGACAUGCCUCCACUGAUUCCACCCCUAGUGACAGCGGCUCUAGUCCCUCCCCCAGCACCCCUCAGAAGCUGCUGCCAUCAUGCACCUCUCCGUUCGGGCCACGGCUGGUUCGGGCCACACCUAGCUCCUCCGCGACCCCGCGACCCCAGCCUGAAGGUUCAGACCGUCGCCACAGUAACACGGUCCGACUUAGCGGGACGUUUGGAGGUCACGGACCCUGUGGACGCCGCAGCGGACCCGUGAAGAUGGAGAGAAUCAAGGUUCUGAUGGGCUCAGAGGUGGAGAGCGACUACAAGGAGCCAGAGAACAUAGACACACGGGUGGUUAUGGGCCAGGAAGCCCUGCUCAAGACAAAGAAAGCCCUGCUCAAGACAAAGAAAACCCUGACAGGGAAGUGCCCAUGCGAGCAGAGCAGCCAGGCGAUACCCCUGGCUGGAGGCCCAGUCUUGGAGGUCCCUAAGCCUCCCUUAGAGCCCCAGGCCGAGGCUGGAGAAAAGGCCCAACUGGACACAGGGCAGGAGAGAGACAAUUCACCUCUGACCCCAAAGAUGGAGCAAGAACAGGAGAGAAGCCCCGUCCUGCCCAUUGGCCCUCUCCUCACCCCUCUCCUAACCCCCCUCAUCCCUGCCUCCCCUCCCUCCUCAGAGCCAGUCACAGUGGAUGUUAGUUUGACGGGCAGCUCAAGCCCUUUGGAGGCAGGGCUGUCUCCCUAUGGUGAAAUGUCUUUUGUAUGUUCCAUGUAUGCCAUGCCCUCCCUGUCCGAGCCAGCCUAUCCCCCUGCUAUCCUAUCCUUCACUGAGCCGGCCUAUGCCGUGGACCCUCUGAGAGUGGGUGUUCCCUCGUCCCUGGAUCCUGACCUGUACUACACCGCACCCUCCACCCCCAUCAAGAUGGCUGCUCGCCCCUUACACCUCAAACACCGCUCUUACCCCGGCUCCCCAGCCUCUCCCCUCUCACCAAACUCGGACAGUGAGGACCUGUGCUCCCCCCUCACUUCCCCCUCUGGCUCCUACGUCACGGCGGAGGGGGGCAGCUGGACCUCUUCCACCUCCCCCUGCACCUCCCCCAAUCUUCUCCUGGCAGAGGAGGUGCAGGAGGCACCUGCAUGCUUUGUCAGCUCGCUGUCCGAAAUCGGAGACGAAGUGGGGGAGGAUAGGGGAGCAGUAGGGGAGAGGGCAGAGGAAAAGGGAGGAGGAGCAGCAGAGUGGCGGUUCUGCCUCUAUAAGGGUCUAGCAGAGACUGUGAUCCUGGAGGAGGAGGAGGUACUGAGAGGGGAGGUAAGGGGGAGAAGGAGUGAGGAAGUGACAGUCUCAAGGGGUAGCUGUCGCCCUCGCUGGGUGACAGAGGACACUUCCCCAUUGAGGAGCAGCAGCGGCAGAAGCACCGACUCCCAGGAAGAUGGAGGGGAGUCCGAGGGUUCGCUCUGCCCAGCAGAGGAUGCUCUGGCUGGGGGACAGCAGUACUCAAGUCCCCUGCUGCAAAGAGGCCUGGAGCUGGAGCUGCAGGCCUGUGUGUCUGAGGAGCUUUACCCUCCCAUUACCAACCCAGAUGAUGAUGGAGCAGACUCCCCACGGCUGACCUCCAUCUCCUUCCCCUUUGCCCCAGACAUGGGGAACCUAAGCCCUCACACCUCCAGCGUCAACCCUGCCUCCUCCAACCUUACCAUGGACACCUGCUCUCCAGAUGUGUCAGACGGGGAUAACUCCAGCCCUUACGGAGAGAUGGGUACCUUCCUGCUGUUCCCAGGCUCCUACAGUGAUGAUGGAGAGAUGGAGGAAGAGGAGAGUAUGAUCCCAGCCUCUCUGCUUAACUUCCCCCUCCACACCAGUCUCCUCUUUCAGGCAGACUCCAUGGAGAUCACUCUCUUCCCCACAGAGGAGGGGAAUGAGGGAGGAGAGGGAAACGACAGGAACGAUGUGGAUGCGUACGCGGCCGGAGAGGAGGAGGGGGACGUGGAGGAUGAUGAUGAAGAUGAUGAGGAAGAAGUGGAGGCUAAGGUAGAGAUAGAGGAGGCUAAAGUAGAAAUAGUGAUAGAGGAAGAGGUGGAUGAAGAGGAGGGUGAGGAUGUUGAGGAUGAGGAGGAGGAGGGUGAGGGUAAGGCUGUAAAUGACCCAGCUGAAGAGGACAACUCGGCCUCCUUCCUUCAUUCACUGUCAGAAACUUCCAUCAACGAAGGGCUGGAUGAGUCCUUCUGUUUCCAUGACGACACUGACGACUCACUAGACUCCGCCUCUUAUAAUGGCGAAGAGGAUGAGCGACUGUACAGCACAGAGAGACAUGCUGAACCACCCACAGGACCACCCACAGGACCACCCACAGGAUCACCCACAGAACCACACCAAGCCAAACCUCAGCCUAAAACCAGACCAGAGGCCUACAGCACUGAACUGUCCCAGUCCCAGAGCAGACUUAGCCUAAUCAAUCCCCCAGGUGACAAAGAGCCCCGGCCUGAGGAUCCUCCAGGACCUAGACCACCACAACCUGCACUUGCACCUGCCCAACCUGCGGAAUCAGCCCACCCCGAGUCCUCCAACAGCAGUAGUGGGAGUGAAAUGGAGAUCUCCUCAGAGUCCUCUGACCCUCCUGUCCCCGCUCCUUCUCAGGAGAGCCCUUAUGUCUCUACCCUUACCCCUAAACUUUCUACAACCCCUUACCGUGCCUUCACUACCCCAAAGACUACUCCUGCUACCGUGUCAACCCCUAAAACCAAGCCUGAAUCUCUCUCUAACCCCAACACUAACCGUGCUCCUGCCCCUAAUGCUAAAUCUGCUACUGUUUGUACCACUAACACUAACCCUGCUACAGCCUCAACCCCACAAAAUAAUUAUGCUACUUCCUCAACCUUCAAAACUAACUCUGCUACCGUAUGUACUCCUGAAAUGAACCCUGCUACGGUCUCUACCCCUAACACUAACAGUGCUCCUGCCCCUAACGCUAAAUCUGCUACGGCCUGUACCACUAACACUAACCCUGCUACAGCCUCAACCCCCAAAACUACCCCAGGUACAUGCUCUACCCCAAACCCCGCUGCUACUCCUAAAACUAACCCUGCUGCUACUCCUAACACUAACCCUGCUGCUACUCCUAGCACUAACCCUGCUGCUACUCCUAACACUAACCCUGCUGCUACUCCUAACACUAACCCUGCUGCUACUCCUAGCACUAAGCCUGCUGCUACUCCUAACACUAAGCCUGCUGCUACUCCUAACACUAAGCCUGCUGCUACUCCUAAAACGAACACUGCUGCUACUCCUAACACUAACCCUGCUGCUACAAUCGAGGAGACAGCGUCCCACAACAAUCCUGUCAUCCUGGCAACCCAGCCAUCCCAUAACAGCCCUGUGACCCUGGCAACAGGAGCAGGGCAAGCCAAAGCAGUUGCAGAGGAAGUACAGGCUGGUACGGUGAGAGAGGAGGACAAAAGGAGCAGUGCAAAGAGAGAGAAAGACAAACAGAGCAGUGGGGAGAGAGGAAAGGACAAACAGAGCGGUUGGGAGAGAGGAAAGGACAAACAGAGCGGUGGGGAGAGAGGGAAGGACAAACAGAGCGGUGGGGAGAGAGAGAAAAAUGAACAGAGCACAGAGACUUCAGACGAGGACCACACAGAGCAGACAGACAGAGACUCGUUCAAACUACUCAUUAAGCCACGCCCCUCUAAGUCAGACACACCCCGGCCUAAACAGAAGACCUCUGAGCCCCGUAAGCCGCUCCCACGUGUGUUUGGGGUGGCAGCAGCUUCAGUCCGGUCCAAACCGCUUCUGGUGUCAGUGCUGGAACUGGACCAGAAGAACGCGAACAGCAGCGCUGAAGGUGUGGACUCCCAUCAGGUCCUUGAAGGGACCACUGCCACCAACGACCUGAACAAGGGGGUCCCUCUGCUCACAUGCCCGAAAGAGCCUAACCCCAGCAACAUCCCUGUCUCCUCCUUCCCUGAGAGCUCACCUGACCUGACUGACAACCUGUCCCUGACCCCUGACAUCUGCCCAUGUGACCCAGCCCAGGAGAACCUGAGGGAGAACACCCUGAGCACUGAGGACGGGGGCCCUGGGGCCCUGGGCUCCCCUCACACACCCCUGGCUGUCUCUCCCAAGAGGGAGAACUCAGAGACAGAUGCAGGGGGGAGGAGGGGGGAUGGGGGCUUGAGGGCUGAUAGGAGGGGGUUAGGAGCAGAGUCCGGGUCCUGGGGGGCAGGGGAGGCCCUAUCUCUCUCUCUGGGGCAGGGCUGUGGGUUGGAGGCACAGAGCCUAUUACUGUAUGAGGUGGAGGGACAUACGAUUGGACAGACAAUUGGACAGAAGAUUGGACAGACACUCUCCGGGCUGCCCAAUGUCGGCACAGAUGAGGAUGUGGUGGGUGAUAUAAUGGGGGACGAAGAAGACAACAACAGCCUGUGUGGUCGGCCAGACAAGAUGGCAGAUGUCGAGCUUGUGGGAGAGGGAGUGCCAGAGUCCAACCUGUCCAGCUGGAGGUCCAUCGAGGAGAUAUCAGAGGCAGGGGGAGGAGAGGACGGAAGCUCCCAAUUCCCAGAGGAUGAUGUCAGCAACCUGCAGAGUCACCCGGAAAACAAGGAGGAGCAGGAAAACAACAACAAUGUCUCAGUGUUCCUUUCCUCUGGAAUGCCAACCUGUAUGACUCUGAAUGCCCUGUCAGAGGACGUGAGACACCAGAGCCAGAGUGUGUGUCUGAGGGCUUCUCUCUCAAACAUACCACUCACAGAGGUGAGAUCACAGGCUGCUGCAGCCUCCGAUAGGCCAUCAACAUCAACUGACAGCUCAACACACCAAUCAGACAUAAGACAACCUUCCUUGUCCAUGGAAAGCCCUGGGCGUGUCUCACCACCAGGGGGUAAACCACAGACUGUCUCAGACCAGAGCCCUGGUUCAGUAGAGGCAGCCAUUUCCAGACCCAACAGUAACACAGAUAUUAACCCAGCAGUCAAACAGGCAGACCCAGCUCUGUCUCUGCUGGGUGGGGCAUUUGGAUCCUUCAGCCAUAAAAUCAGACCAAGCAACCCCAAGUCAGGCAGACUGUCCCAAGAAACUUCCCGAUCACUGAAGAAAGACACAGUAGAGAAUGUCCAAGUUUCCCAAGAAACUUCUCUCUCAGUGGGCAAAGACACAGUAGAGAAGGUCCAAAUUUCCCAAGAAAUUUCCCCAUCAGUGGGCAAAGACAAAGUACAGAAGGUCCAAGUUUCCCAAGAAUCUUCCAUAUCAGUGGGAAAAGACACAGUAAAGAAGGUCCAAGUUUCCCAAAAUGUUUUCCAAUCAGUGGACAAAGACACAGUAGAGAAGGUCCAAGUUUUUCACGAAACGUCCCCAUCAAUGAGCAAAGACAUAGUAGAGAAUGUCCAAGUCUUCCAAGAAACUUCCCUAUCAGUGGGCAAAGACACAGUAGAGAAGGUCCAAGUUUCCAAAGAAACUUCCCCAUCAGUGGGCAAAGACACCGUGGAGAAGGUCAAAGUAUUCCAAGAAUCUGCCCUAUCAGUGGGCAAAGACCCAGUAGAGAAGGUGCAAGUUUCCCAAGAGACUUCCCCGUCAGUGAGCAAAGACACAGUAAAGAAGGUCAAAUUUCCCCAAGAAACGUCCCCAUCAGUGGGCAAAGACACAGUAGAGAAGGUCCAAGUUUCCCAAGAUACUUUCCCAUCAGUGAGCAAAGACACAGUAGAGAAGGUCCAAGUCUCCCAAGAAUCUUCCCUAUCAGUGGGCAAAGACACAGUAGAGAAAGUCCAAGUUUCCCAAGAAACUUCCCCAUCAAUGGGCAAAUACACAGUAGAGAAGGUCCACCUUUCCCAAGAAACGUCCCCAUCAGUGGGCAAAGACACGGUAGAGAAGGUCCAAGAUUUCCAAGAAACUUUCCCAUCAGUGAGAAAAUACACAUUAGAGAAGGUCCAAGUCUCCAAAGAAUCUUCCCUGUCAGUUGGCAAAGACACAGUAGAGAAAGUCCACGUUUCCCAAGAAACUUCCCCAUCAAUGGGCAAAUACACAGUAGAGAAGGUCCAAGUUUCACAAGAAACUUCCGCAUCAGUGAGAAAAGACACAGUAGAGAAGGUCCAAGUUUCCCAAGAAACUUCCCAAUCAGUGAGUGAUGAUACAGUAGAGAAAGUCCAAGUUUCCCAAGAAUUUUCCCCAUCAGUGAGCAAAGACACAGUAGAGAAGAUCCAAGUUUUCCAAGAAUCUUCCCUAUCAGUGGGUAAAGACACGGUAGAAAGUGUGAAAAAACUCUGUUCCCAGCCUCAGCCAGAGGAGACAGAGCCACAGACGGUGAGCCAAAAAGAAGGUGGUGGCGGUCAGAAGACUGACAGGCACAUUGACCAACCAAAGACGACUGGGGCCUUAGAAGAGCAGGAGAGCAGUGUUUGUAUCUCAGGCGAAAGAGAGGUGGAGGAGAUUGCAGAGGAGAGAUUCUCUCCAACAGAGAGUGUUCCAGAACCUGCACAGCGUCAGACACCCGAGGGAGAGCUAAGCACAGAGAAAGCCAUCACUCCUCCUCAGCCAGGGAGGAGAGGGAAGCAGAGCAGAGACAGACCCAGUCAGCCGCGCAGACAAUCUCCGUCAGGCUCUGGGUCUGCUGAUCACCCACAGGAACCAGCUCUCACUGCCAAGACCCUAGAAGACACCUCCCCACCAGGGAAGCAAAAGAAUAAGAACACGAGGGGACAAAAAUCUGCUGCAGAUACCAGACAGAGGACACCUGUGAAGGGCAAACCUGAGGCAGAGUCCGAGAGGAGAGGGGAAAACAGAAACAUCUCCAGAUCCCCGACUUCCCCUAGUCCUACCAACCUCUGCCCUAUCUCUCCUGCUCUCCUACUCAACCAGGAAGUGACCAUGGAAGUGCACCAGGAAAUGCUUGACAACAGGCCGCUGCCUGGUUGCCAGACAGAAAGCAGGAAGGACAUCAACGAUAACAAUGUGGGGAGUGGCCAUGCCUCCCCUACAGAACAGAAUAGAUCUUCUUCUCCUCCACCUCUUCCCUCCUCCUCUCCUCCCCAUCUCUCCCCCUCUCCUCUCUCCUCCUCUCCUCCCCCCAGUACCUUCACAGUGCAGCCAGAUGAGGACCUCCCCACCCCCAUACAGGAGUCCCAGCCUCUCCUCACCACAGUCCAGCCUGUCACCCCACUCCUAGACACCCAGCCUCAAUCAACCAAUCUUCAGGCAGCCUCCGCAACCCUUUCUACUACCCCUAUCGCCCUUCCUAAGCAUCCCCCUAUACCCACUGAAAGUGUCCGUAUGUCCCCUACCCCCUACUCAUUCUCAUCUCCACCCACGUCAGCCCUGCCCUCGACCCUCAGCCUUACCCAGCCCACCCAGGAGUCUUUGCCACGGCUGGAGGCUCCAACCACAGUGCCUGUCCUAGACAUCCGCUGCCAAGCCCAGCCCCAACCAAACCUCCUCACCAAGCCCAACAGACAGAUCAAGCCAGUUCAGUCACAAAGCCCACAGGACAGAGAUGGGAUGGACACAGACAGUGAUGAUGACACUGCUGUUCCUCUACGACGUCACAUGACUCAGCCCAGGGGGAUUGUUGGAAACCCUUCUCAUAAAGAGUCUGGCUCCUCCAAUCAGCGAGAGAUACUGCUUCACUCCUCCCGCCAACCAACUGAGAGACAGAUAGACUGUCCAAUCAGCCACAAGGAUUCACAGGAGCUGGAACUGUCCUUCAAAUACAACUUGGGCUCCUGCAAUGAGUCGGAGAGUGAGGGAUCAGUGCCAGAGUUGGAAGAACCAGAGGUGGUGCCACUGAGAUCCUCAGAACCCCAGCCCAUCUCUCCUGCUGAUGAUGGGAUUAACAGACCUAAGCAGAGCCGCAGUGAGAAGAAGGCCCGCAAGGCCAUGGGUAAGCUGGGCUUGCGGCCGGUCCACGGUGUGACCAGGAUCACUAUAAGGAAGUCGAAGAGCAUCUUGUUUGUCAUCAGCAGACCUGACGUCUUCAAGAGCCCCGCGUCAGACAUCUACAUCGUGUUUGGAGAGGCCAAGAUAGAGGACCUGUCUCAACAGGUGCACAAGGCAGCGGCAGAGAAGUUUAAGGUCCCGGUGGAGCCCUCCCCACUGGUGCCCCCUGCACCACCCAGCCUCACCAUCAAGGAGGAGAGCGAGGAAGAGGAGGUGGACGAGGGAGGUUUGGAGCAGAGGGAUAUAGAGCUGGUGAUGGCCCAGGCUAACGUGUCCCGUUCCAAAGCUGCCCACGCCCUCAGACACAACACCAACGACAUCGUUAACGCCAUCAUGGAGCUGACCAUGUGAGAGGACCCCCCCCCCCCAAAAGCAUAAAUGCCAGUGUCACAUCUGUAUCGCUGCUAUGUUGCAUUCUCCUUACCUGCUAAUAAACAGUCUGUUAUAACCACACUAGUGGGCGAUACUGUUAACCACCCUUAUACUGCACGUCAUGUAUGUAGUGAAAAUGGGGCAUUUUACAGACAGUCGCUUUUAUUACAUUAAAACAAACAGAAUACAAAACAGACAAACAAGUGCUCAGUUCAGAAAAAAGGUCAGUUUAAAUCAUGCUCACAAUGAAUAAAACACAUACAUACAGUACCAUUGAAAAGUUUGGACACCUACUCAUUCCAGUGUUUUUCUUUAUUUUCUACAUUGUAGAAUAAUAGUGAAGAC